UUUUGUAUGACAAUACAUCUGUAAAGUGGGACGGACAGGAGGGUGGGGGAAGGGAAAGGAUGAUCAGAAACAGUACCCCUUGGGACCAGUCGCUUUUCCAGCCCCCUUUAUGUGAGGGCUGGAAACAAGGUCCUGAGGGAGCAGCCUAUCACCUGGGCAAUUGCAUCCUCCUCCUAGGUUACAUGGGGGGAAGUGGGAUCUUUGGCUCCAUCUAUAUCUUCAGUCUUUUGGCCGCUGGCUAUUUCUGCUAUGCUCUGUGGGGCUGGCUGGAAGCUUGUGGACUAGACAUCUUCAUCUGGAACAUGCUGCUGGUCAUGGCCUGCUUGCUUCAGCUGGCUCAUCUGAUUUACCGGCUCCGCAAAGACACCUUCUUGGAAGAGUUUGACCUUCUCUACAAGACCCUCUGCCAGCCCUUGCAGGUGCCCUUUGAGGUCUACAAAGAGAUUGUGAAAUGCUGUGAAGAGCAAGUCCUGUCACUAUCCAGAGACCAGAAUUACGCUGUGGAGGGCAAAACACCCAUCAACCGCCUGUCUCUGCUGCUCUCUGGCAGGGUCAGAGUGAGCCAGGAUGGACAGUUUCUGCACUAUGUCUUCCCCUACCAGUUCCUUGACUCCCCGGAGUGGGAGUCACUGCGACCUUCCGAGGAGGGAACGUUCCAGGUGACAUUGACAGCAGAGACUGACUGUAGUUAUAUCUCCUGGCCCCGGAGAAAACUCUACCUCCUUCUGGCAAAAGAUCGCUAUAUCGCCCGCCUCUUCUCGGCCUUCCUUGGCUACGACAUCUCGGAGAAGCUGUACGCCCUCAACGAUAAGCUCUUCGCUAAGUUCGGCCUGCGCUUUGACAUCCGCUUACCUAGCCUCUAUCACGUCCUGGGACCCGCCUCCUCAGAGGCUGAGGUAGAGAAGCUGCUGGAAGAGUGUGAGGAGCGGACCGUGCCCCAUCAUCUGAUGCCCACCUUUGUCCAGACAGCGGCCUCAGCCCCUCUUCCUCCUGCUGCGCACCCCAAGGUGUCCUGGCCUGACAGUGCCCUGCUGGGUGAGGACUCUACCAGUCUUGUGUUGGAAGAUUUUGCUGAGUUGUCGGGGUCUUUUAUGGACUAUGUGAGCGAAGGGGAGUAUAUGAAGUGAGGGCACUUCUAACAUGGGCACACGUCACCCUGUGUGGGAUCCCCAUCUUCUGGAAGCCUUAUCCGGAGUUACCCCUGUGCUCUCUUCAAAGGACGAGCCCCUCUGGCUCCCACCCAGACCCCAGAACUCUAGGGAACAAGAAUCGGUUUUGAUCAGGAAGACCCACACAAGUGUAUGCUCACACACCUCCAGCCAGAGGGACACUCAUUGACACACAUUUACAUAUGCACUCAACACCCCCUGCCAGCACACCCAGUAUACGCAUGAGACUGAAGUGUGCUGGCUGGACCCCUUGCACAACACAUUCUAUCACCUUCCGUGGCACAUGGGAUGUCUGGGUGUUCCUUUUUGUAGUCUGGUCUUUCACCCCGAUGGUCUGUUAACAACUCUGUUGUCAGCUCCAUUAAACUUGUUGGAAAGACAGCAAUGUUAGUCCAUUGUGUGUUUGGAUUUGAUGGCAGCAAUUAGAGUGAUGAUUCUCUAGAGUGUUCAGUGACUUGGAGCGAGAAACUGAUAUUCAGAGGAUUUCACAUGAGCUCUAGAAGCAGGGAAAUGGCACUGCAGAAAGGCUCAGAGUAUUUGUGUAUAUUAAAGGUGUGUGGAGUUUAGGUACGGGAUUAAUGCUAAUGAUACACAUGGCAUCCAUUCCUAUCUGGCUUAAAUACCAUGUCCAGGAUUUAAUGCUUUUCACUUAGGAUAACCAGAGCUACGUAAUGAUGUAUGUACCAGUUUCCGAUGUUGGGAAAAGAUACCAUAAGGUUUUUUUUCAAUCCACUUAGAAUAAGGAGGAAGAGAAGAAUCAGGACUGGAUUUCUGUGCCCAUGUGAGCUGGAUCCCAGGGUUAGCCUUGAGAAAGGGAAAGGACUUAGCCUGGCUUUCUGUGCCCCUCUGGAAAGGAAUGUAGGUACAUCUCCUUGGAAGGAGAAGCAGAAUGGGAUUUUUGUGGACUCGGGGUGUCUCCACUGAGGUAGAGAUGAAGAGAAGGAACAGUCAGGUCUGAGCCCUUACAAAAGGAGCUGGGAGAUCAGGAUAAGGAAGAUGCCAUAUUUUAGUUAAAAUCAAUAUGGAGAUGGUAGGCAACUUACAAAUACAGCAGCAAUGGUAUUUCCGCUGCAAGCUUACCCAGAGGUUCCAUCAGUGGGGGUGUGCAGAGUGUGAUAAUAGUAUUAGUCACCAG